AUGGCAGACAUGGAUGGCCCAAGUGAAGAAGUUGAUGGUCACUGGCGUAUUUAUGGGUUACGUUAUGAUGUAGUGACUAAGUUAGUUAGCCCUCAUACGAAUAGGAAUCAUCGUGUAUUUUUCGAUAAUUUUUUCACGUCAACUAAGCUAUUAGAGCAUUUAGAAGCUAAUGGUACUUACGUUUGCGGGACAGUGAAAUGUAAUCGUAAGGACUUGCCACCAUGUGCAAAGGACAAAUUGCGGGUUGGGGAGAAGCUAGUUCUUCAGAAAGGCCACUUUGGUUUCACCAAGUGGAAUGACAAAUGGGAUGUUAGUGUUAUGGCACCUAAUGUAAGCCCCCUAGCCAAUGAUCUGGAAGUUAACUGGGCUGAUAGGGAAGUCCAACAGCCUGUUUUAAUUAAUUUGUACAAUAGCUCUAUGGGGAGGUGUUGA